GCGGGGGCGGGGUCGCGGCUGCUGCAGCAACAGGGUGCGGCCGGGUGAGGGGCACCCUCGCAGCUUCCAGUAAGCCGGGUGUCCGAGCUGCCCCUGCUUCUCACUAGGGCUCUGCGCGGCUCCCAAGACCCCCGUAGGGUUGCUCCCCGCGUCCCGGAAGCUGCAGCCUCAACCAUGUUUUUCACUUGUGGCCCAAAUGAGGCCAUGGUGGUCUCCGGGUUCUGCAGGAGCCCCCCAGUCAUGGUGGCCGGAGGCCGAGUUUUUGUCCUGCCCUGCAUCCAACAAAUCCAGAGGAUCUCUCUCAACACACUGACCCUCAAUGUCAAGAGUGAAAAGGUUUAUACCCGCCAUGGGGUCCCCAUCUCAGUCACGGGCAUUGCCCAGGUGAAAAUCCAGGGCCAGAACAAGGAGAUGUUGGCAGCCGCCUGCCAGAUGUUCCUGGGGAAGACCGAGGCGGAGAUUGCCCACAUUGCCCUGGAAACACUGGAGGGCCACCAGAGGGCCAUCAUGGCCCAUAUGACUGUGGAGGAGAUCUAUAAGGACAGACAGAAAUUCUCAGAGCAAGUUUUCAAAGUGGCCUCCUCAGACCUGGUCAACAUGGGUAUCAGUGUGGUUAGCUACACCUUGAAGGACAUUCAUGAUGACCAGGACUAUUUGCACUCUUUGGGGAAGGCUCGCACAGCGCAAGUCCAAAAAGAUGCUCGGAUUGGGGAAGCAGAGGCCAAAAGAGAUGCCGGGAUACGGGAGGCCAAGGCCAAGCAGGAGAAGGUAUCUGCGCAGUGUCUAAGUGAAAUAGAGAUGGCCAAGGCACAGAGAGACUAUGAGCUGAAGAAGGCUACCUAUGACAUCGAGGUCAACACUCGCCGAGCACAGGCGGACCUGGCCUAUCAGCUGCAGGUGGCCAAGACCAAGCAGCAGAUCGAGGAGCAGCGGGUGCAGGUGCAGGUGGUGGAACGCGCCCAGCAGGUGGCAGUGCAGGAGCAGGAGAUCGCCCGGCGCGAGAAGGAGCUGGAGGCCCGCGUGCGCAAGCCUGCCGAGGCUGAGCGCUACAGACUGGAGCGCCUGGCGGAGGCAGAAAAGGCCCAGCUGAUCAUGCAGGCAGAGGCCGAGGCUGAGUCUGUGAGGAUGCGUGGGGAAGCCGAGGCCUUCGCCAUAGGGGCCCGCGCUCGUGCUGAAGCUGAGCAAAUGGCUAAGAAGGCAGAAGCCUUCCAGAUGUACCAGGAGGCCGCCCAGCUGGACAUGCUGCUAGAGAAACUGCCCCAGGUGGCAGAAGAGAUCAGCGGUCCCCUGACCUCAGCCAAUAAGAUCACACUGGUGUCCAGCGGAAGUGGAACCAUGGGGGCCGCCAAAGUGACUGGGGAAGUACUGGACAUCCUAAGCCGCCUGCCAGAGAGUGUGGAGAGACUCACGGGCGUCAGCAUCUCCCAGGUGAACCACAACAAGCCUUUGAGGACAGCAUGAACCCCCGGCGGGACCUGGCCCUGUGGCUCGUUGCAUGCACCUCUCCUGGCCUCCCUGAGCAUGCCUCCGGACAGAGGGGCACACUGUAACUCCUUGCCAAAUAUUCUGUGCCUUGCCUUGGAGCAGUUUGCUCCCUUCUCACCCCUACACCAGAUUCUGAUGAUCCCAUCCCGACUAUUUAAUUUCCUGAUUAAAUUAGACUGUGUGAACCUGUUAUCUAGACUUCCUCCUCACCAAGGCCAAAAGGUGGCCCUAGUUAAAUAAAUAAACCAAGAGAUGAAGUUUGUGACAUGCCA